AUGAGCAGCGCCGUCAGUUUCGCAGGCAGCAAGCCCGCGUUGCGCCCACCGUUUCGCUGUGCCGGGAACUCGCCCCGGCGAAACAGCGCCGCCCAAUCGCAGCCACUGCACUGGAGCAGAAUCCGGGCGCUCACACUGCGUCGUGGCUCCGUGGGGCUUCCGCUCUACUUCGCCUCUUCUUCCGCCCUUGCUCCCCCCGCGUUUUGCCUCGAAAUGGAACAGCCCUUCUCGCCGCCUGCCGCGUCAGGUAACCCGGAACAUCUGCGCGUUCCCUUCCGGGUCGGCUCCGGAGGCGUUCUCGGCCUUCACAGCGGUCCUGCUUUGCGACGCGGCGUCUGUCUCCCCCUGCCCCGCGCUCCGCUUUGCGUUCCUUUGCGGGAAAAGGGGGUGUAAAAAAGCAGCCGGUGCGCGUGCGCAUUCCUCUCCUGUUCCGGUCUACAUAGCCUUGUGGGGUCCCCUCCUGGCAGGUGAGCGGAGGGGGGGAGGGAAGGAUCCUUUGGGGCCUCCAGGUCAGACCAGGGAGCCUGGCUGGGCGAGCGGAGGUGGCGCCCAUUUCCGGGAUGGUGGCCUUUGAGAGGCAUCCGCUGCCCGGAACCGACGACCCGGUGACGGGCGAGAAAGGCGGCUGCGCUGGGCUGCUCGCUGGAGAAUUCCGCGCUUCCUUCUCUAUUUUGAGAUGCGUUCCGCUUUUCCCAGUCCGGUGGGUGGCCUGUGUCAAGGAUGGGGAGCCGGCGGCCUUCCAGUUGUUACUGGGCUCCCAGUGGCCCCGUGGUGUGGGAAAGCUGGGAGCUGAAGUCCAAAAAUAUUUGGAGCGCCCCUCCCCCCCAUCCCAGGCAUAAGUACCGGUACUAGAAUUCAAAAAUGAGUGGCCCGUUUCUGCCUGGUGCAACAGUCUUGCAUUGCACCUGAUGACAUUCUCGCCAAAGACUUAUUUUCUGUAUUUAUUUUGCUUUAUUGGUGUGUACAGUGGUACCUCGGGUUACAUACGCUUCAGGUUACAUAUGCUUUAGGUUACAUACACUUCAGGUUACACACUCCGCUAACCCAGAAAUAGUACCUCGGGUUAAGAACUUUGCUUCAGGGUAAGAACAGAAAUCAGGCUCUGGUGGUGCGGCGGCAGCAGGAGGCCCUAUUAGCUAAAGUGGUGCUUCAGGUUAAGAACAGUUUCAGGUUAAGAACGGACCUCCGGAACAAAUUAAGUACUUAACCCGAGGUACCACUGUACUUGAUUUGCUGCUCCUUAGGCCACUACCACACUAUGAGGGAAAAGGUAACAUCGGAAGGACUGAUACCACUGUUUGCUGACUAGUCGGGCAUAAAGUAUGUAUUUUGUUUGCUUGGAGGACUUUUACAAAUCUCAUCCUUCAGUGCUGCUACCCCCAGAUAUGUUGAAACAAUAAAAUAGCAAAAUAGUGGUUAAGAAACCUCAACAACUCAGCACAGUAGGGUGAAAUCCAAUUCAGGCAAUCUUUUUUAUUAUUAUUUUAAAGAAAGGUGAAGAAAAAUGUCUGCCCGGCACUGGAAAAGAUAAAAGUGUAAGUGCCAGACCAGAGGGAUAGCAUUGCAUCAGUGACAUGCCAUAACUGAUGACCACUCCAUGAAUGGGGUGCCGUAACAGAAAAUGCUGCCUCUGUCCGCCACCCCUUCUGACCUCUGGAGGCAGGUGCUAUUGGGCUUGAGUAAGUGGGUCGGUUCAUGUGGAAGUAUACCCCAUCAGAUACCCAUGCCCCAAUUCAUAUAGACUGUUAAGGUGUUCCAGCCUGUUAAUGGAGUCUUGGAUAUAGGGUUAGGCUGAGGUCCAACCCAGUUGAAGCUCAGUAUCAAUAAAGGAACAAACAAUGUUUCCAAACUGUACAAAACUGACUCCUGUACCAACAGAACUGAUCCUCAUAGCUGUCCUAGACUGAGUUUGUCAUGUGUGAAGCCCUUAAAAAAUUCAGCAUUGCUUGCUUUAUUCCAGUAACUGCAGCCUGAUGUGGGGAAAAUUAUUUCAUAUUUAUUAGCACCUACUAAAUGAAUAAAUUAUAGCUUAACAAAUAUCCUAUAUUUCUACGUAUUAGCAUAACAUUUCUAUGCAAUUGGUAUUUUCCUAGAUGCAGAUAAAACAUGACUUGGAGGUCCAGGCUUGCUCUCAGAUAGCAUGGCAGAAUCAAUUUGUUUUCAAAUCCAAUUUAAUUGUGGGGCAGGGGUGGUCAAUUGUGGAACAGGAGACUUUCUUGGAAGAAUAUUUUUAUUGCUUAACUGGUUCUCCAAUCCUGUUAGGAAAUAUGACAUGCCUUCUACUUGUUGAUAUGUGGUGAAAACAUUACGGGUGUGCAGUUGUCUGUAAAGUGUUUUAAUAAUUCGUGGAAGAAGACUGACCUGGUCACAUACAAGGUGAAACUGGACCUGCCCUGCUCACUGUCUUUUAGACACCCACUAUCUUGACAACUCCUGCCAACCUAGCAGUUCAAAAGCACGUCAAAGUGCAAGUAGAUAAAUAGGUAAUGCUCCGGAGGGAAGGUAAACGGCGUUUCUGUGCGCUGCUCUGGUUCUCCAGAAGCGGCUUAGUCAUGCUGGCCACAUGACCCGGAAGCUGUACGCUGGCUCCCUUGGCCAAUAAAGCGAGAUGAGCGCCGCAACCCCAGAGUUGGUCACGACUGGACCUAAUGGUCAGGGGUCCCUUUACCUUUAUCUUGACAACUGUCAUUCUAUCACCAUGGAAAUGAUGUCGCACAAAAAUAUAUACAGAUUAUUACUGUUGCCCACAUCUCCUGCAAAAGAUAUACCCUGUUUAACUGCGCCUCUCUCUCUCUCUCUCUCUCUCUGUAACUUAAAUGUUCCCUAAUAAUAAUUUUUUUCUGUAUGUCACCCAGAGAAUGACAUGGUCCAGGUUGCACGUACAAAGUCAAAAACAAUGUAUUCAGCAUUUUGUGUCAUUUGCAAAAGUUUGCCUUCAAUUUGAAUCUUGUUUCUUGUUAGGGAGCCAAUUCCAGAUGCCCUGCAAUGGAUGAUGACAGUCAGGACGAGCUCAUUAACAAGAAUGCUGCAGUAGGCAAAGUCAAAAGAACGACUGCACUGCUCUUCAGCGACGCAGGUAACUGAAACUAGUCGGAGCCUUAUUCUUAAAAUUGCUGGAGCUUCUGAACCUUAAGGCAUUUACAAGAGAAAACUGGUCUGUGGUUUUGUGUUUGGAGAUAUUCUUCAUGGGUUCACAACUGUACAUCUCUAGUCGUAGGCAUAAUUUAUUUCCUAGUCACUUCAAACUUGGAUGUGAGUGAGGUUUGCAGUUUUACUCUAUAAAUGUUAAGAUAUUUCUACAGAAAGCAACUUGGUGGUCUUUUUUAGAAACCAUCUGCCUUCCCUAACCUGAGGCCCUCCAAAUGUUUUGGACUACAGCUCCCAUCAGCCUCAGUCAGCAUGGCCAUUGGCCAAAGAGAGUGGGAGUUGUACUCCAGCAACAAGGUGCCAACCUGGGGAAGGCUGUUUACAUCAUUCCAGAUUUUCUUAUGUUUAGCAAUCUGAAGCUUCAUAUACAUGGCUCCUUAUUUAGCUAACACUGAUGGCUAGAAUUCCCUACACAGCCAAAUGCUAUUUCAAGCAUUAGCCGUUAAAACUCUCAUGCACGUUAGUGUGUGGUGCAAUACAACUAUUGGGGUUUUUUUUAGCAGAGGAAGUAAGGGAACAACAGCUAUCUUUUUUUCCUUAGAAAACCAAAUACCCUGAUAAGAUUAACUAUGUGAAUUUGUUAAUGUUACACACUUUGUUUGGCCUUUUAUUUUGUUUCAGCUAUUCAUGGUGGAGGGAUGAUAAACAAUAUGCAGCCAAUGGCGCUUCAGUCCCUGUUUGCUUGAAGUCCUGCUCACACCCUUACUUUUUGUUUUUGAGAUUUCGCAGCUCACUGAACACACAUUUUCAGCCAUGAGAACUAGAAAUCUAUUCUUUUCUGGUUGGAAAAUAAAAAUAGAGGUAGACUCUCAGAAUAAUUUUGUUUCUGAUACCAAUGCCAUGUUUUUGUAUAGAUUUACUGAUUAUACAGUUUUGUGUGUGCAUAUGUAAUAUGCAAACAGAAACUAAAUACCAAUGGUCUUGGAUAGCUCCUAAUACAAACUCCUAUAAGGGAGACUGGCCACUACUACUGCCUAUUAUUUUCUUCAUGAGUCCCUCCCUGGUGGUGGAGACGUAGUUACUUGAUGUUGGCAAGAGAUAAACACUUCCGAUAUAUGGAAUGGUACGCACAACCACAAUGGUACGAUAUAUGGAAUGGUACACACAAUACCACCAGUACUUACAUGUUAAUGGGUGGUUGGAUUUUUUUGUAAAGACUUUGCUUUUUCUUUGCCUUACAUGAUAGUUGGCCCUGAGCACUCAUGUUCUUUCCUUUUCUGCCCCUCUUAUGUUCCUCUUGUUCAAAAGAAAGCAGCGAUGGAAAUAGUGGGGACUCUGAUGACACGGGCAGUGAGGAGGAAGGUGAUACUGAUGAAGAUGGAGGUGAAGAGGAUGAAGAAGGUGAAGAUGAAGAUCUAGAAGGUGAUGAUAAAAAAACAGCUCAAUGUUAUGAUCAUUACUAUUUUAUGGAAUCAAGUUGUCUCCAGCAGCUAUUUAACUGGACAUAGCGUGUUGGGCCAUGGUUCACACAUGAGAUGAGAUAGAAUGUAAACUGUCAUUAGCAUAUUUAUCUCUCCAUUCUUCCAAAGAUCUCAAGCAGCAUUAAUGCUCUAUGUGAGUGGAAUGGUUAUAACAACCUAGACUGAAAUCAUCCGCUUUGUGGGUGAGCAGGAAUUUGAAUACCCUGGUCUUCAAUCUCAACAUUUUGAUCCAGGUGCAGGGAACCCUUUUCAGCCAGAAGGCCACAUUACCUAGUGGGCAGCUUUCUCCCGGGGUUAGCAUACCAGUGGCGUGUGUUCCAUAAGUGGUUGUGUGCCAUUCUUUUAUCCAAGCAAGCAGUAUUGUCACAAUUCAAGGACAGGUAAAAUCACUAGAGGAGAGCGCAGAGCUGGACCAGUGAGAGAUGUGGCCUGCAGAAUGCGUAUUGGCUGGGCUGGGCAGAGUCCCAAAAGUCUGAUAGAGAAACCUAGAGGACCUGUGGUUCCCUAUACCUGCUUUAACCACUGUAUUGCACUCCCUCUUGCUGUGCAAUACCCUGAUAAACACUGUGACUUUAUUUGGGUUUUUCUUUUUCCUAUCAAGCAAGCCAUACAUAUGAUGACUGCUAGUUAACUGAAAUUUUAAUAUAGCAUUGGGCUACUGUGCGCCCACUGGUGUUGAAUCAUGGAAAUAGAUGGGAUAGCUGUAGAGUGCUGGUUCUGAAUAAUGCAGCGUUAUGAAGCUUUAGCACUGAAAGUGGGUAUUCAUGGUCUCCCAGGAAUCUAUUUGACUGUUGUUUCUCUUCAGGAUCAUAGGGCACUUCAAUCCAAAAUGCAUUAUGUGGAAAUAAAUACUAAGGAAUUCUUUCAUUGUUUUGUAAGACUCAGAGGAGGAGGAGGAGGAAGAAGAGGAGGAGGAGGAGGAAAUGGAAAUGGCUGCUACGCAAUCAACACAUUUGGUUAAAGCAAAGCCGCAACUUAAUGGAGGCUUUCUUUCUUCCUCUGAUGAAGAUGCUGAAAACUGCCCAAUAUGCCUCAACACAUUCAGGGACCAGGCUGUUGGAACUCCUGAAAACUGUACCCAUUACUUCUGCUUGGAUUGUAUAGUCGAGUGGUCUAAAGUAAGAACUCUUUAGAUAAAUUUGUUGCAUAAUUUAUCUUACUCAGUUUGUUUACAUUUUUUUUUGCAAAGGCAAUAAGCAGUAUAAUUUGAUGUGACCUGAUAAAAAUAAUACCAUACCUGAGGCAAUUUUCAGAUAAUCCUGUGCAAAAUGCUUUGUGAUUUUUGUAGAGAUUCAUUGUAUGGGAUCAAGUUAUAAUGCAGAUUUACAGUCACUGGCUAAGAAGAACUAGACCAGUAGAAUCUACCAUUAUGCAUUUUACUUAUUAUCCUGAACUACUAAAGCCCAACCUUCAUUUAGUUUUUGCAGUAAUAAUGUGAACCCAGUAGACCUUAAAAAGUGCAUGCGUUCAUUACCUUGUUCUCUUUUUCUAUAAUACCAAUAAUAUUAGUUGCUCUCAGUCUUGUUAUUUGGGUGAUAUAAAAACCAAAAUUGCUACUCUGGCAUAAUCUGGCAGAUUUUGGCUUACCUUAGCUAAAAAUUGUGCUUGCUGCGGUCCCCUUACCUUAGUAUUGUUUUUAAUGGUUUUAUGUAUGGACUGUUUUAAUUACUUUUAUUUUUCAUUUUUAGCUGUUUUCAUUGUUUUAUAAUUGCAUAUUUUAUUGUUGUACCCUUUCUGGUACUUUAUGGUAAAUGGCGGGUAAGAAAUCAAAUAAAUAACACAUCCCCUCCUUCUCUUUGCAGAAUGCCAACUCUUGUCCAGUAGAUCGCAAACUUUUUAAGUCUAUCUGCGUUCGAGUGCGCCUGGGUGGAGAAAUCUUGAAGAAAGUAGGUUUUCCAUUGACUUAAGAAAAGUUAAAAGUCAGAAUCCAUGUUUCAUGCAGUUUUUGUAAAACUUUUUGUGUCCGCUUUCUCCUUCAACUCGUAAUUCAUAGCAAUUUUUCCCUUCCUGGAUACCAUCCUAAAGCUUUGAAGCCUUUCCUUAAUGGCACUGUUGAUGGGAAUUGCUCACUUGAAUGAAUGGUUGUGGUUUUGGAAUAUGCAAUUUUUCCAACACUGAUUUUCAGAAGUAAUGUUUUUUGGGUAGGCUACAGCUGUCACUUAGAGAUCUGGCUUAUAUGUGCAUGUGUAGAAGGGCCUUUCUAUACACAGCCCAAUCCGUGUGUGCUCUCUUUAUGGUGGCUUUCUGUGGGAUGGGUCUUCUAGUCCUUGCCUAAGAACAUUGUGGCUUGUAUUGCAGGUGAAAUACCAGUGAAGCAUGCUUUUAUGUAGAGAGCAUAGAGGAACAGGAAUGUUGUGCCCCAUUGCACAAAAGCGGAUAAUGAAGUUGACUGGUGCUUGGCCAGGUGCAAACACUAUUGAGUUUGCAAUAGUGGCUAUGCUUAGUGUAGCUAUUAACAUGAUAGUGUAAAACUUCCUAAAAAUGUGCUACUUUGCUCAGAUUCCUGUUGAGAAUGCAAAAUCUGAGGAGGAUAAUCUGGAGGAGGACCCUACCUUUUGUGAAGUGUGUGGCCGAAGCGACCGAGAAGAUCGCCUGUUGCUGUGCGAUGGCUGUGAUCAUGGGUAAGGAGUUCUGCCUUUAAAAACCCUCCUUGGGUAUGCUACUUUUGCCUCAUGCUUUCACGCUAUAUUAGGCCUGUAGAUGCUUCUUUCUCUUUUAUGCUGCCUGUAUUUUAUGUUAUUAAUUUUCUAUACCACUCUUCAUCUGAAGAUCACAGGGCAGUUCACAAUAUAAAAAGACAAAAAUAUAUAGCAUAAUUUCUUCUUCUCACCACCCCCUCUACCCUGCUAGGUUGACAUGUUUGAUGAGUAUGCUGCCUUUUUUCUUCUUGCAAGGGGGAAUGCUAGCAAAUCAUUGUUGCUAGAAGAUCUUCAUUUUUCUUAGGCAGAACUUGAAAAUGUAGGGUUUUUCCCCCUUCAGCACUGAGAUAAGGUAGCUUAUACCAUAAAAACAGAGUGUGGAAUAAUAAAUUAUAAAACAAUUUAAGGUGUGAAAACAGCCACCAGAUAUUUACGUGCUAUAAAAGAAAAAUGAAAUUUUGUUAUUGUAGGCUCAAAAGAAAACCUGCUUUGUUUUCUCUAGGGAUUUUUUUUAUUUAGGUGCCCAUUACUUAAAGCUAAGUGGGAGGUGGUCCUUAAUGUGCCUAGAUGAAGGAACCGCUCAAAGCCUAUAAGAAGAGGAUAGAAGAAGGUCAAUGAAUACAACAUAGGGCACAAGUUGGCCUUGUUUGGGAGAUACCUCCAUAGGAGCAAUCAUAAUGUAUGCCCUAUGCUGUGCUAUUCUAGAACCAUGAGGUACUUGGAGCCAUGCUAUGAUUGAAGAUUUGUAUAAGCAGCCAGGCUUGUGAGAUGAGGAGGUUUCAAAGAGUUGCAGAACUUCCUUUGCACUCAAAAGAAUUAUGUAUGUCUCUACAAGUGCCUGCGCUACUGUUGUUAGGAAGCUCCUGCAUGUAUCAUCUUAGUGAAAAAAAAGAUGUUUGUCUGGCCAGUUACAUAUUACAUGCUUUGCACCCUCUUGCUCUGUAAGAACAUGUUACACUUUCUUUCUUUUUAAAAGAUACCACAUGGAAUGCCUUAAUCCUCCGUUGAGUGAAAUACCUGUCGAUGAAUGGUUCUGCCCACCAUGUGCACCAGCAAACGCUGUAUCUGUUGAUGCUGGCAAGUAUUUUCUUUAGUAGCUUAGCUUUGCAUUGUAGAGAGCUGUUCUUCAAGAAAACAGGACUUUCCCACAGCUUAUGCAACAUGACUUUUAUUGAGAUAGGAUUUCCCCAUAUAAACCAAUCAAUAUUGCUAUAAUUGAAGGAAAACUCAUUCAGUGUUAAAAACUGGUAACAAAACAACGUUUUUAUCUCACUACUUCUUCAGCUAAUGUUGAUGUCCAUUGUACAAGCCUGCUACACCUAGAGUCAGCCACACCAUUGCAUUGGCAUCAGUGAACAGUAAAUUGCUCCAUAACCAUCUCUUUAUCUAAACUGGUGUUUGGAUCUGGUAGUUGCCUUGGAAGGGAAAACAUUGCACUGUCCAUGGGGAAUUCUAAAGCAAAGGGAUUUAAGGAGCUUUCUUUUUUUCCAGAACCCUUGCCAGUUUUGUUCUGGAGGCUUAGCAGAAUGCCUGGAUUUAGGUCUCUAGAAAGGUGUUCAGGUGCUGGUUGAAACACAGCUGACAACUGAUCUUGUUUUAAGAAACAGAUCAUGUGAGUGAAGAGGAAGUUGCUUCCCUCAUAGCUGAUGUCGUCCCUACCACCAGUCGACUACGUCCCAGUGUCCGAACUCGAGCUAUAGCCAGAACACGUCAGAGUGAGCGUGUGCGGGCAACAGUGAACAGGAAUCGCAUAACAACUGCACAGCGAAUUCAGGUACUGCACAUUCUGAGGGGAGGAUUUUGAGUGGAGAAAGCUCCUAAUUGUAGCAAAGAGACAGUUUGAUUUAGGAAGAAAUCUGGGCUUGGGGGGGGGGCGGGGGCGGCUUUUCUACUUCCUUAAUUUUGUAGUAAAUCAACAAUUGUGAUUUCCCAUCUUGAUUUUUAGCAUGUACCAAGAUACCUUAUGUCUUCCCUUCUUGAUGAAACCAUUGAUGCAGUCGCAGCAGGGCUGAGCACAGCCGUGUAUCAGAGACCACUGGCUCCUCGAACUACAACCAAGAAAAAACGAAGAGGAGGUAAUUUGCUAAGAAUGGUGGUGAUAGUUCUUAGUUAAUUUUUUAUGAGGCUUACACAGCUCUCUUUCCACCCUUUCAUCUUAAAAUAAUUCUGUGAGGUAGGUUAGGGUGAAGCUGUAUGAUAGGCACAGGAAUCACCAUGUGUGCUUCAUGGCUCACAGUGGAUUUGAACCGUUGUCUCCCUGCCCUCCCCCAGUAUGACAUCACUAACUGUUUCAAUACUCAAGCUGUCGGUGGAUUUCAUUUAUUUAUUGGUAAACUGUUUCUGUGCCUCCUUUUAGCCUCCACAGUGAAGCCUCCAUGGCAGCUAAACAAAAUAGACAAGCGUAAAACAACAAUCAAAAGGCCCAGAAUAUGAGCAGCACCAAUAAAACCAGCAGGCAGCUAAGAAAGGCAGAACACGCAGCAGAGCCUUCUCUGAAGAUUGAAGUGUAUGGCCUGGUUCAUGUGGGUGCAGCAGGCCCUAUGUAGCUGUCAAUAACUCUAGGGAAAAACAAAACCGCUACCAAGUGUGUGGGAUAUUAAUGAAUAUUCAGAUGGCAGCUGCACUUGAACCUGGUGGAUUGAUUCAGGUGUUUGUUUUGACAUAAAGUGCCUUACAGAUUUUCUUUUGGUGAGGUAACUAGCCACUUUAUGGACCCUCGGAUGAGCCAGGGUUGGAGGGUCUUGCACCAUACAUGCUCCAGGCAUUCAAGUGACCAGCCAUUAGUUUCAUAUGGUCUGUAACCUCUGGUGGCUUUACAGUGGCUUUGUUCACACAUAAGAGCAAACCAUAGUCUGAAAUAAACUAUGGUUUACUGUGAGUGAGCAGUGUGCUGAUGCAUGCUGCUUGGUUGUGCCUGCUUCCCUUCACCCCACAUAGAGAUAGGAAACAACCACAGAGUGGCUGACCUAGUUUUAUAUGUGAAACCAGUGCUUGUGGUUGGUGACCCUCUAAAUAUGCUGUAGGCCAAGAACAAACCUUGACUUCUGCUCGUGGUUUGGUCGGAGAGAAACCACAAGCACUGGUUCUUGUGUAACCUAAGCCAAGUGUGGUGGCUUGUUUUUCCCAGCUUGAGAAAAAAGGUGGUGCAAAGCAGGUGCAAAUUAGCAGAGGGCACAAUCAUGUUGCUUAUUCGCGAUAAAUACUAGUUUGUUUUAGACUAUGGCUUUCCAUGACACAUGAACCUGACCAGUGUCGGCAGGGUCAUCUGAAUUAAUCCCAGUUUGUUGAAGCCACAGGAAAUGAGAGGUCAACAGAGAGUGAACACCUCUGUAAUAAUCCUCAUUUAUUCUCUCUCUUUAAAUUUAGGCUGUGAUGUUUCUGACACGCGCUGCUUUUCCUUUUGAGAAUGCAUUGUAUUUAGCAUGCAGAUUACAGAAGUUGAUUCAGGUUAUAGGCUGUAUUUGCUGAUCUCCAGCUCCAAAAUCUUUCUAUAUUUUACCUAAUAUAGCCAGCAUGGUGUAGUGGUUAAGAGCAGUGGACUUGUAAUCUGGUGAACUGGGUUCGCGUCUCCACUCCUCCACAUGCAGCUGCUGGGUGACCUUGGGCCAGUCACACUUCUCCGAAGUCUCUCAGCCCCACUCACCUCACAGAGUGUUUGUUGUGGGGGAGGAAGGGAAAGGAGAAUGUUAGCUGCUUUGAGACUCCUUAGGGUAGUGAUAAAGCGGGAUAUCAAAUCCAAACUCUUCUUCUCUUCUUCUUCUAAUACAGGGAGGAGAAAGAAAUCAGCAGGUAAAAAACCUCAUACCAAGUCAUCUGCUGGAAAAAAGAGCGCUGGAACUUGGAUUAAGAGACGCAAACGCCGAGCAAGGCGGAGGAAGGGAAAAAAAAUAAAAGUAUGUUCCUGGAUUUUUCACCAAUGCAGAAGUUUUUCUAUUGUUUAUGCUUUUCUUGUAAUAGAGCAUUGUUACAAUUUUCUUGUAAUACAGCAUUAUUUAUUUAGGACUAAUUAUUACUUUAUUUCAUAUACUCAGACAGUCUCCAGGCCUACUGGCCAAGGUUUUCACUUACUUUCUAUGAUCCCCUUUAAGAGGGUUGCAGAGUAGAGAAUGCAACCCCUCAUAUUUCUGUGAUACAUAGUCAUGUUUUCUAUUUUCAUAGUGUUUGGUGGGAAUCCUGUUCUGAGCAUAAAGUUAACCUGCUCUCCUUCUACCCAGGUGAAAACUGAGCUGACUUCUCGUUCCCGGAUUGCAAAAACCCUUCGUCUUGGCAAGCCUGUACAUGGCAUUUCAAUCCCUUCCAUGUACAAACCAAUGGAACCCUCUCUUGGCCUUAUGAGAGCAGAUAUUGGAGCAGCCUCUCUCUCUGUGUUUGGAGAUCCUUUUGAACUGGAUCCUUAUAACAGGUAUGAAAUAUGACAAAUGAGAAGAAAACAAAGAACUGCAGUUCAGAAAUGCAUGGAGACUUUAUCUGUGAUAGGCAGGAAAGAAGAAAAAUGGGGCUAAAUCCAAAUUAGAUUAUAAAGCUUAUUCAGUUUGAAGCUAAUCUUUUAAGUGUGCCUACUCUAUAUGUUCCUUAACCUAUUUGCUUCCCUGCUAUUUCAGAAACUUCUAUAGUAUAUCAGAAGACAGAAUUUGAUCUUCUCAGUUUGAAUAUUUCAUUUAAGAAAAUAGGCAAAGCUCAGAUAAGAUGGAAGUUGGUUGUGAUCUUCAAAAUUUUCUCUCUCCUAGUAAUGAAGAGCUUCCUGUAAAUUCAGCCUCACCUGUGAGCAACAAAAGAAGAGGCCUUUCUCAAUCAGCACUAAGAUCCCAUCGUCCUGUCGCUCGACCAGUCGCUAUGGGGCUUCCCGGGUAAGGCCAGCCACAUGAUGCUCUAUGAUACAAAGCAGCAGCAAGAGAAGGGAGGUGCACAAAGUUCUCUUCUAGUUUGUGCUCUCUCCUGUUUUUCGCACUGCGUUGAAACCUCAAACCCUUUUUGCAGUCUUCAUGAAUUCAUGCUCAGUGCUACAGACUAUAGCAUAGUGUGUGUCGUAUGUGUAUAUGUGGAGAAUCAUAGGAUUGUAGAGUUGGAAGGGGUCCUAAGGGUCAUCUAGUCCAAACCCCUGCAAUGCAGGAAUCUCUGCUAAAGCAUCCAUGACAGAUAGAAAGACAGUUCAAAUCCUGGCUUAGCUGUAGUUGGCUUGAAGAAGCUACAAUCUUUUCCUUUCAGUUCUCAGUUUGCUGAAUAGGUCGCUAUUCCUAAAAUUACUAAGGUGAUGACUCUCAGUGAGCAAUUAUAAAUAGCAACCAUGUAACUCUAAAUAUUCUCUCUCUCUCUCUCUCUCUCUCUCUCUCUCUCUCACACACACACACACACACACACACACACUCUCACUCAAACACACUCAUAUACUCAUUCUCACUAGUUUGAUUCUCUCAUUCCACCAGACAGGUGGAAGGGAAGCAUUUGAUACAAAUGUCACUCAAGACUCUGGAAUUCCUAGGAAAGUUUGUGAAAGAUCCCUAAAAUUAGUUGAAAAUUCUCUAAUUAGGGGAGCGGGAGAUCUCUGCUGGCCACCAUGAAAUCCUAAGCAAGCAUAUUCCUGAGAUCAAAUUAUCAUCACAUAUGAGGGAGGAAGCUGAGAGUGGGAAAGGGACAAGCACCGUCUGCCCAAUAGUUUCUUCACACAUAGCACAUCCAUAUUCCUUCUUUAGACUGUUAGCUCACCCUGAUUUUUUUUGUAGUGGUGGAGAAGGAAAUAUUUGCUUGUGGGUGGAGUCUCUUGCUGUCAUUUAUUCAAGUGAGACAUCCCUGCUGCUUCCGUCACGAGAGAGGGCUAAAGAGAGAGGCUCUCCAUUGAGCUUGCCUCCUGUGCAAAGAAUACCUUACUGCAUGCUUAUCCCCAUUCCCUGCUUAUUCAGGCUUCAUUUUGGAAGCAUGCUAAAAAAAAAAAAACAACACCCAGCAAGCUUACCAAUGCAGUGUUCCACAUGUUCAACAAUGUGUUUCUAAAGCAGCCCUUAGGCUGCCAGGUUCAUGCAGUCCUGGGCUACUGAUCCUUGGCAUGCUAACAUUGCUUCCUACAGUGCUGAGUACCUGGGAACCCUGUUUGGGUCUGUUUUGUUCAAGGAUGCCCAAUGUCCAGUUCAGAUCAGGCGUCUGCCGGCUGGUAGAGCGUUUUGAGGCAGUUUCCCUUUAACUGGGGCAUGAGGUGGAAUGUUGGAGCUGGGAGGUUCUCUUGCAGUUGGGAGCGGAGAGCCCUAAACAAACUGGAGGGAAAGGGUGGGCGACUGGGAAAUUUGCCAAGCAAGGAGGAGUAAAUGUGUGAGUAAGCGGAAAAAGGGGAAGACAACAAACGGAAUAGGACAAAUAUUAGGGGAUUUUCAACAUGGGUAAUCUGGAGGGUUUUCUUUGGCAUUGGGUAGAGGUUAUCACAGCCCUGCUUUAUCACAUUGAAAAAGAUGUUUGAGGUUGUGGUUGUUGCUUUAAGAAUAUCAAAUUUACAUGGUGCAUUAGAAAGAAUGAGGGAACCAAUCCCUGCCCCAAAGGGCUUACAGUUUGUUGUGCUAGAAAAUGGUACAAGGGGGUUGAUGGAGGCAGGGGGUACAGAGGGGAAGAAUAUGCAAUUGGGCUCAGUUACAAUAGGGAAUGGAGACUUGAGGAAUGGGGUUUGGAAAAGGUGGAUUUUGAGGAGGGAUUUUGAGGAAGUGAGGGAGGCGGCAUCAUGGGAACUUGGUGCCUGGCUUUGUCCCUGAGGUUGAAGACUCAGACUACAACUAAACAUGAUAAGAAGCAGCUGUUUUGUUUUGUCUUGUGUUCACAUGUCUGUUUUGGUUCACGAUAUAAAUGAUGGGUAGGGGUCUGUUCACUGCAUCAGAAGGGGUGUAUGGAUGACAUAUUUCAUGAUUCACAAAUUCUAUGGGCUCUUUUGAGACAGUUAUGUAAAGCAGUUUCAUUUCUUUUCGCUUUUGUUAGUUUUGUUAUUAAUUCAUUACCACCAAGUUGCUUAGUGGUUCUCUCCCUGGCCCCAUUUUAUUAUCUCAGUGACCCUGUGAGGAAGGUUAGGCCGAGAGAUAGCUCAAGGUUUGCGUACUAAGUUUUCUCAGAGGAAAAAGAAUCAUUUUCCUUACUUCAGAUUUGAACAGGGUCAUUUGACUGGAUUCCUGCUCCUCUCCCCGAGAGACUACCAAAACUGAAGCUUCUGUCUUGUGGAUCCAUGCCUGUCAAAUUUUUUAAAAAUGCUUUAAGGUUUAGGGAGCUUUCUGCUUCCUUUUUAUUAGGAGCCAAAGCGUAAGCCGAAAUCACUGAGAUGUUCUUUCUAGAGCCAAAGAGGGCCAAAGCUCAUUGAGAAUUAGGGGAGAAUCUACAAAAGAGCAGGAAUGCAGCCAAAUGUUUGCUUCCAAAGAAGGCAAGUUCCAGGUGAGUUAUUACAGGUAAGGCAAAUUGGAGUUCCAAAAUGGGAAGUAGCUUGUUGCAGCAGUUUGGACUUUUCAGAGCACUUAGCUUAAGGGGUGUUUGUGUGUGUGUAUUCAGGAUAAGGCUCCUGGGGAACACCAAAAGCGUAUUUUAGAUGUAUGUCUGAUGCUAUGGCCAUUCCAGUUUGGACACUUAAUAUAUUAAUAUUUUUUAUUUAUUUCAGUACUGUGUAUCUAUCUUGCCUUUCUAAGAAGUGAUCAUGGUGGCAACACCACAACAGAAUUUGAAGCAAUAUAUUAAACAGUAUAGCUAUCAUCGAUUUUAAAAGUAAACAAUAAAAAACUCCAUUGAAAACAGUCAGAAUUUUUUUUUUAAAGUGGGCCUAAAAAAUCUUGCUGGACAAUAUGCCUCCACUACUCAUUGAAAAGCAGUAAUAGGCUGGGCAUAUUUCCUUUGGCAGGGCAUUGUAUAUUCUUGGCACUAUCCCAGAAAACCCCUCCCUGACAGAAGAGUUGAGGGCAGGGCUUCAGUAGAUGAUCUACUAGAAAAUUCAUAUGGGCAGCAGUGAUUCUUCAGGUACAAUGAUUUGAACUUGUUUAGAGCUUUCAAGGUCAAAAGCCAACAACUGAUAAGUGAGGGAUUGCCUUACUUCCCUAUAUACCUGUCUGUUGACUAAGGUGAUCUAUGGGCAGUGCUUUAUUUCUGGGGAGACUCAAGGAUACACAGUACUGGCACCUUAACCGCCCCCCAUAAAAAAAAUGUUAAAAAGUGCAGCACUUACUGUAACAACUUAGUCCCAGCACCAUUUUUUUCCUUAAAAAAAGAAAAAGCACUGUCUAUGGGUGCCCACAUAGUAGAACCUCAUGCAUCAGAACUUGGUUUCAUGUCAGCUUAGACUUAAAUCUUUCAAUGCAGUAGCAGCUGCCCUGUGCAGCAUGCUGCCCAUUGCAGUUGAAAUGCAUACAACUCCUUUUUAAAACCUUUAAAAAAACCUUUUUUUAAAAAAUCACAGGCUUUUCCAGAAGGCAGUCUUUUGUUGUUGUUUAGAACUGCUUUAUUUGUUCUUACCUAUUUAGUUUUUAUUUUAUAUUGUUAUUGUGGUGCGGGGAUCUUUAGUGGUUUAUAAAUAUCCUAAUGAAUUGAUAACCAGUGCAGAAAGUGUAAGGUGCAAGUGGUAUGCUCCAGUUGGCUUGCAUCAUCCAGCAUCCUAGCAACAGUAUUCUGGACAAACUGAAGUGUCUGAACUGUCUUCAAAAGCAGCCUCAUUAAAAAGCACAUUACAGUAAGCCAACCUGGAGGUGACCAGUUGUGAAUUCCUAUGCAACUUACGCAUAAGUAAGCCUCACUGAGUUCAGUAGGCCUUCCUCCCAGGUCAGUGUGCAUUCUAUUAUUAUUUUUUAAUAAUAUUUAUUAUUUUUCCAAAAACUUAAACACUAAAAAGAAAAAAAAAAUACAACACAUCAAAUUAACAAAACAAGACAAAGACAAUAAAAUAAAUCAAACAAUUUCAUUAUCCCAUCUUUCAUUCACUUAUUUCCACGACCUCCUCACACCUCCCUUUUUGUAUUCCACUUCUGUUAAUUAUUUCAGCAAUUCCUUUCCAUCUUCCUCUGUUUUCUAUCCUAUAAUUAUCUUAACUCAUUCUAACCUUAUUUUUUCCUUUAAUGCUCUAUUAACCUAUCUGUACUUAAUUCCUUAUAAUAUUUCUACUAAAGCCAUAUAACUUCAUUCCAACAUUUUCCUAACAUUCAUUAAUUUUACAAUAUUUCUGUAGAUAGUCUUUAAACUUUUUCCAAUCUUCUUCCACCGACUCUUCUCCCUGGUCUCGGAUUCUGCCAGUCAUUUCCGCCAGUUCCAUGUAGUCCAUCAACUUCAUCUGCCAUUCUUCCCGGGUGGGCAAAUCUUGUGUCUUCCAAUACUUCGCGAUGAGUAUUCUUGCUGCUGUUGUUGCAUACAUAAAAAAGGUUCUAUCCUUCUUUAACACCAAUUGGCCGACCAUGCCCAGGAGAAAGGCCUCUGGUUUCUUCAGGAAGGUAUAUUUAAAUACCUUUUUCAUUUCAUUAUAAAUCAUCUCCCAGAAUGUCUUAAUCCUUGGGCAUGUCCACCAAAGGUGAAAGAAUGGUCAGUGUGCAUUCUAAAGCAUGAACAAUUGCAGCCAGAUCUGGUUAUACCUGCUUGGCUUAUAGCAGUGGGCGUAUUUCCAUGUUAUGUAGGCAACACUUGGUAUAGUUACACUGCUUUGCCACAUUUUAAAUGCAUGAUAUAUAGUGACUCCAUAUAUUUUAGAUCAGUAUUUCUUAGCUCUCCACAUUCUUGACAAUUGCACAAUGCCCUUGAUUUUAAAACAAUGGGAGGGAAGUGUGAUGUAUAGAAUGCUUACUGUGAAAAGCAAGAGUGACUAGAAGUCCUUCUGCUUAUUCUGUAACAUUGGUGUUAUUUGAGAGUAAGUGUUUGUAGGAUUAGUAUGUGUGGAGUUGCAGGCAGAGUUAAUGGUUCUGCAAUAGGUGUGAAGCCUGUUAGCUCAGCUGCAAGCAGGUUGAGUGUAGAGGCAGCUAGCUUUUCUCUCAGAUGUGGCCUUGGCUAAGCAGAAGGAGUUAUGGAUCUAGGAAUCCACAAGAGGUACAUGUUUUGGAGCCAUUUCAAAACAUCAGUGGAGCAUCUUAUUUGUCUCACUUCUUUUUUUAUGGAAUGUCUGCAUUGUUUUCCUCCAGUCUUCUGGUUUGGAGUCCCAUUUUGUAAUUUUGGGGCACCUUCUAAUGAGAUGGUUGAGUUUAGUGAGCUUCUUGGGUGCAAAGACACUGAUACCUAAAAUACUGGGGGUUCUUUUGUAACUCCCGUGUUUUGCAGUAGGCAGGCGGAAAGCUCAGGCUCACAGUAUCAAAGCAGAGAUGUGAAUAAAACUCACCUUUUAUUUGGCAGAGGUCGGCUGAGUUGUUUCACUAAUGAAGUUUGUUCUAUACACUGAGUUUUUUUCCUGUAUUUCUUUGCUACUCGUAUCUCUUUAAAUAAAAAUGUGGGUGAGGUGGGGUGUUUUUAUUGUGUUCAUUUGGAUAAUUGAAAGCUGUUAUAAUUUGCUUUUUUAAAAAAGAAAGCAACUGCUUCAAGAGCAGCAGGAAGAAUCUGUUAGGCUGCAGCAAAGCAAAGAAACGCUGCUGCUGCAAAAGACUUACACAGGCUGAGCAGGCUGCUUAUACACAGUGCACAGGACCAAAAUGAUUAAAAACAAAACAAAACUGCAGCUGCCCACUGGUAUGGAUGGGCCAGACUAAAACAUUUUAAGGCCAUUGGGUUUUGGGGGGGGGCAGAUUUAGGCUCCAUUUCUAUAUGCUCUUAACCUGAGAGCAAAUGCCAUUGAACUCAGUCGGCCUUACUUCUGAGUAGAUUUGCAGAGGAUUGCACUCUUAAGCACACGUUCCGUUCUCCAGUUGAAAUCAACAAGUGCUCAACUUAUGACUGGAUUGUGCUCCAUGUUCUUUCUUGCUGUCUCAGACUUAGAGAAGGUUAUAAGUGUGUAGUAGGCAGAAAGCCAAGAUGGUACUACAAAUGUUGUGUUAUCUGAAGGUUCUGGGUUUCAGAAAUACCAGUUGGAACACCCACCCCCUCCCUGGUCUUGGUAAAUGUUCACAUAGCUUAUCCAGCUGUGGACAAGUAUUGGAUUGAAAACAAUUAUUGCAGCAUUUUUUAUAUUGCUUUGGUUUCCACAUUAUAUGUGUUUCAUUAUAUUAGCUUUUUCAGGCUUCAUUUUUGGAAGGAAAAGUGGAUGCAAACAUUAAAUGAAAUGAGAAUGAGAUUCUGCAGGUUUUCUACACUUGCAUUGGAUUGUGGAGUACAGACAACUCUGCAUAUUACCGGAUUUCCGCCCCACCCCCACCCCCAAUACAAGGCUUUUCAUAGUAUUUUCAGCCCUCUAUAAAGAAAAUAAUACUUGACCAUUUAUUUUCUUAUCCCACUAGCUAUAGUUAUUUUGUAUGCCAUCAACUCAAGGUAGGCUGUUUCUUCUGAAAACACUGGUAGCAAUAGGACUGGUUGGGGAUGGCUCAUCUUUAACCUAUGUAGCUGCCUCAGGUUUGUGGAGAUGUGCUACAGUCUCAAACCUAUAUUAAUAGGAUGUCAAAGAUCCUUUGUUCAUUAUGAUGUAACCAGUAUAGUUCUGUAUAGUGUGAAAUCAGAAGGCAUGCCUUGUGUAAUUUAUAGGAGGAGUGUUCCUGCCUUGACACCUGAGCCAGAAGCUGGUCCAGCCCCUGUGCCCGACCUGUUGGGGAGCAUCCUGACUGGACAGAGCCUCCUUAUGAUGAGUGGUUCUGAUGUCGUCAUUAAUAGAGAUGGAUCGUUGACAGCAAAGAAAGCAGGUAAUGCUUAGUUAGACUGAUCUGAAGUUUGUUAGCAUGUUAUGCACACAAGCACUUUCUAAUCCUUGCAAACAGCAGGCAAGCAAAUGCCAUGUUGCAGCCUGUAAUAGUAUGUCUUGAAUUGGUAGCCAGAGUUAUUCAUAGAGGAUCAUAGAAUCAUAGAGUUGGAAGGGACCCUGAGGAUUAUCUAGUCCAACCUCCUGCACUACAGGAAUAUGCAACUGUCCCUUACGGUGAUCGAACCUGCAACCUUUGCAUUAUCAGCAGCACACUCUAACCAACUGAGCUACAAAAUCAGUACAUAUCAGUAUUUUGUUUAUUUGUCAAAGCAUAGCAAUAGAAGAGAACAGUAUAGGACUAUUGACAUUGUACUGCUGUUGUGCUUUCUAGAAUGUAUCACAUUAAUCUGAAUUUCAUAAAAUAGACCAAUUGAUUGCCCACAUUUGAUUUGGUAAGCAAUAUAUGUAAGUGAUCAGAGGUUAUACGGAAUUAAUAUGAGAGAGCUUAGGGUGCAAUGACCAACCCUUUUAUUUUUUAAGUGUUGACACUUGGAGGUGUAACUUACUGUCAUACUGGAAGUUGUGCUAGCAGGCACAGCUGACAGUUCACUUGCAUGGUGUUAAUUAGUUGCUAAAACCCCAAUUCUGUUGUCCCGUGUUAACUUCAUAUUAAAAUUAUGGGAUGUUAUUGUCGGUAUAGAAUAGUACAAGCAAAUGAGUGGGAAAACUUUCAUGGGUUUUUCUCGUGUCUCUUUCAGUCUCAUUGCUGCAUGACAAUUCAGCAAGCAAUUCAAGAGUGGAGGAAGGCUUGGAGGACAGUGCCCAGCAGGGGGCUUCCCAACUGGGGACUCCAGUUAGUGGCGGCUCUGCUGCUGAAUCUUUGGUUUCUUCACAACUGAAUUUGAACUCCAAAUCUGCUGUCUCAAAUACUUGCGCCUUGUCCUCUUCUUCACUAAGCCUAGCAAACAAAGCAGUGAAUCCAUUGCAGAUUACAUCUGGAAGGGCUCCCAUUAGAUUUGAAUACUCAAUGACUCCAAGGUCUGUUCAGGCUCAGAGUUUAGCAAAUCUGAAUAGAUGUGGCCCCAAACUGGGUGAAGUAUUCAGAUUUAAUGGAGGCUCUAAACUGCCUGGGGCUCCUCUUUCUGUAUCUUCUAAAUUAUUGUCCAAUAACUCGAGUUCACUCUCAAAACCCGUACCUGUGCGGCAGCCUCUGAAAUUGUCCCCUAAAAGGCUUGAUAUCUCUGAACUCCCCAGGAUACCAAAGAUUAAAAAGGAAUCGACUAGUGGACAUUUGGGAUUGCAGCCGGCCAGUGACCGAAACAGUGGUAUUCCCAGCUCCUGUGUAACACAGUUGACUGGCAAAGGGAGUACAAACCAACCAGCUGGUGAUAGUAAAAUGGAGAGCGGCAAGUCGCAUGCUCCUCAGAGACAAGCGCACACAAGUGGAGGCUCUGCUGCUGCCCAUGCCAGUUGCACCUUUCCUCCUUCAAGGGGGAACGUUGGAAGCUCAUCAUUUGAGAGCUUUAAAAUCAACAUCCCUGGAAAUGUGGGACAUUCCAGCAGACUGUCUAAUCCUGGGUUUUGCAAUACUUUCCGGCCUGUGGACAAUAAAGUACAGCAAAAGGAGAAUCCGUCGCCCCUCUUUUCGCUGAAAAAGACUAAACCAGUCAAAAGUGAAAUAUAUGAUCCUUUUGAUCCAACAGGCUCUGAUUCAAGCUCAACAAAUAGCAGUCCGGAAAGAUUGCCCCUUGCUAAUAUCACCAGAACAAUAUCCAUAGCGAGUCCAAAAGUCCAGACAUUCCAAACAGUGCGCCGCAUUACCCCUUACACACUGGAAAAUGUAUUUGGAUCAGGGGCCGAAUCAUCAGAUGUGCCAUCAAGUAACACAGAGUCUCAUGACGAUAUGAUAAAGGAGAGGCUUGUGGAGCAGGUAUCUGAUGCAGAACAAGAGAAAGCUGAGGAGGAGGAAUUGUCAAGUCUACCCUGUACAUCCUCUGCCAUCAAGCAAGUCACAGAUGUAGAGCACUUAAAUGAGGAGGAUGAGAAUGGUCCUAGGGUAGUUUUUGAAGAUGACCUAGGUAAGGCUAGAACGAAAAUUGAGGCGGACAGUUCCGUAAGAGAAAACAGUCUACAGAUAUUACCCAAAAAUGAGCAAACAGAAAAGCGAUCUUUUUCAAGAUCCCCAUCAAAUUCCAGUUCUCGAAGCCAGAACACAUUAAAAAGAAAAAAGGCAGCUACAAAAGACUACAAAAGCACACGAUCAAGAUCUAGAUCAAGAACGUGUUCAAGAGAUAGAAGCUCCAGAUCUACUUCUCGCUCCAUUGAAGAAAAAUACAGCAAAAGCCACAGGACUAAAUCAAAGACUCGGCAUUCCUCAAGUGACCGCUCCAGUAGUUAUGAGCGAUUGAAGAAAAAGAAAGCAAAGGAUAAGACGAAAGACAAAAGGGCAAAAAGCUCCUGGGCAAAAGAACACAAGAGAUCUAGAUCACGAUCUGGUAGUCCAGGCAACUCUUCUUUUGAGUUGUAUGAAAGUCGGAAAAAGAAAAAGCACUCUGCCACUAGAGGAAGGGGGAGGGAAUGUUCCCCAUCAAACAGUGCUGAGAGAAUGAAGAAAAAGAAGCACAGAAGAGAGCGAAGCCAUGACAGGUACAAGAAGGAGAGAACCUCAAGGUCCCGAGAGAGAAAGAGAUCUAGAUCUAGAUCCCGGGAGAAGCGAAAGAGGAGAUCAAGGUCAUCCUCGCCAUCAAGACCCCGGGAGUCCAAAGGGCCUAAGUCUAGGGAGAAACAACUGCAACCUAGGUCAUGCUCCAAAGAAAGGAAACAUAAGCCGAAAGAGAUGCCACUGCUACCUCUUCAAGAGAAGGACCAGAAAGGCCAGAAAUCCUCAGAUGAUAACCUGGGCAGUUCUCUUGAUCAUGCUCCUCCUUGGACCCAAGACUUGGAAGAUUCAACACAAGAAUCAUUGAAUGUUUAUCUAGACCUGAUGCCUGUACAGGAGAGCCCUCCAAAAGAGAUAGCAAUGAAAGUUGAUUUAGAAGAGACCAUUGUAAAGGAGCAAAUCUGCAAGAAACUUGUAACUGUAAUAACUUCUCAGGCAGAGUGUGCAAGUUCCGGAGUGCUACCUGACACUAUAGAUUCUUCCACUGGGAAGGAAUUGGCAGCAGGCUACGAGUCACCAGGACUUGCUAGCCAAAGUAGUGAGCAACUGGAAGAAACUGAACUUAGAAACGAAGAUAUUGAUGAUGUGUGCCCAUUUUUAUCAGACUGUCUUCCAGUGAAAGAGGAACUUGUACAGGAGCAUGAUGAGCCAAUGCCAAUUAAAGUUUUGCCUGAAAUCAAAACGCCAACAGAGACUAAAGGUGGGGGCCUUACAUUGGGUGAGAAUGCCACUGAUGUAAAUAAACAUGAACCGGAAGCAGUAGCUCAAGGUCCUGUGUUGAAAUCUAAAGCACCAGUGAAAAGAGUUACGUGGAAUCUUCAAGAGGAAGAAAGUGAUGCAGUGACUGCAGACAAAGCAGCAAGUAAGUGCAUGGUAAAUCUUCAAAAUGGCAAAAGUCGAUGCUAUGGGGAUAGGAGCUGCUUUUCUCAUUAGAAGUGAGACGGAAUGUAGUUGUUUGUCAUGGUUCAAGGUUGGAUUGGUCCCACUAAAUGGGGGCCUCAGGUUAUGUUAAAAAUAAGGGGUGCAGUUUCGCUGUAGUUUGGCACUUACGUUAGUGAGUAUUCACCUUGCAUGCGUUCUCCUUGCUUCAUGUCCUCUGACAUUGCCUUUUCUUGGUGGCAAUCCAGUUUGCCAUUACCUCUAACCUGGCAAACUGGUUUUCUUUUUCCCAGAAAGCAGAAUUCCAAAGCAAGAUUUUUUUUUCUUGGUUUGGAGAGGAAGCUUAAACUAUGGUUUUCCAUUUCUGAUGUAAUAGCAGACAAUGCUUGUUUUUGUUAAGUAAGCCAUGGAGUUCUCUCUAGCAUAUAUGCAUGCGUGCUUAAGCAGUGUUUAGUACUGCAAGGAAUUCUUUAAAACUUUCCAAAACAGCUAGAGUUAUUUAAAGAGAGACUUGAUUCCUCCUGUUACACUUGUUACAUGUGUAGUUUGAAGAGUAUAACAUGGGUAUGUGCAUCAUAAAAACAUAACUAACUCAUAAACAAGCAUAACUCUUCCACCCUCAUCCUGGAUCACAGUUCAUAAACUAAAUGUCUGUGCCACUUUUAAUGAGCUUUAAGCUAUGAAUUCAGCUUUGCUAGGUAUUUCUAGGAACUUAGAGAUGUGUUUGUGCUUGCAGACUAAAAUCUCAUUUUAAGAAGUUGGGGAAGCUUGUUAAACCAUCUGUACUGAAUUCUUCUGAGGUUGUCAUGAAGUUUGAUAACUUGAAGUGUUUUUAUUUGCUGUGAUCAUCUAGAUGUUUUGUUCUGAUAUGCUUUUCUUCCUGGGGAUCUUUCAGGGGUGCCAUUCUGCAAACAGCAGAGAACGAAAGAAGGGGUCUGGAAAGCAGAGGAUUUGACCCAGACAUUAAAUCAGGUGCAGUUAACUGAGCCUCCUCCAACCAAUUAUAUGAUUCCUGAGCCUAUGUUUCCUGAUCUAGAUUCCUCCCAGGUUGGUUCCCACGCCUUAAGACAAGUGUCAUGGGAGGCCAUUCCACUCCAUCUGUAAACUUGUGCCCCCAACUUGACUUCAUUGUGGAACAGUCUUCUUCCUCCCCCCCCCCCACCCACAUGUAGUACAUUUCAUUCAGCCCAUGUACUGCAAUAAUUUAUCUGACUUUGAAACUGUGUCCUGCUGCUUUGCAAUGGGCUUGUUACUUCUAAUUUCCAAUAGCUUAUUAAAUAUGUGUGUGGGGGGGGGGUUAGACAUCUUAAAAUCAGCUAUUAGACUGCAUACAAAAAUGCUUAUUGAAUACCACCCACUGCUCACCAGUGGGGCUGAUGUGAGCCCAGUAUUAUCUUAAUAUAUUACCCUCCUUUCCCCCUAAGAUCCCAGGAUAGGUUACAACAAUUUAAAACAAACUUUUCCCUUUUAGAAUAAGCAGAAAGUAGUAUACGUGUCCCUUUAAAUGAAAGCUGUUCUUGUAAUCCCUAUGGAUCAUAUCCCCACCCUCAUUUGUUCAGAACAUACGAAUAGUCUGAUGGAUCAGGCCAGUGUUCCAGUGAGUACAGCAUCCUUUUCUCCCGGUAGCCAGCCAGGGAAGCCUAAAAACAGGACCUGCCCCACCAGUAUUGUCCUCGCCUGUGAUUCCUGGCAACUGGUAUUCAGUGGCAUUCAGAAGUAGAGAACAUGUUGUGAUAUGAGAAGUGGUCUGUGAUCCUUUUCUUUUCUUUUCAGGUUUACAACCAAAACCUGCCUCUGACAGCACCACUGCCCUCGAGUCUGCCCCCCUAUGCGCCUGUUAGUCAGCCCACCGUCCAGUUCAUCAUGCAGGGGAGUCUCCCUCUGCUUAGCUGUGUGGCGGGACAAGGAUUGACUCCGGAGCCUGGCAAUCUGGCAACAGCUUCAGAACCAGGAAUUCAGGCAGCUUCCACAGGAGAUACAGAGGAGAAAGUCAAAGCACCUAAGUCCCCUGUGGAUAAAUCAAAAAAUGAGGAGGUGAGUGGAGGUAGAUGGCUCGCUAAGAUGAUGAAGUUGAACUCAUGGGCAAAACCCAAAUGGAGCAGCACACUCGCACAACAGCCAUUGCGCUCGUGGGAGCCCCAUUCUUAGCACAGCACAACAGCCAAGUCCAGUGCCUGUCUUAGUGCAACUACUAUUCUACUUGGUGACAUUUAAGCUUUGUUUACUACCUCUUGUGCUACUGCUUGCACAACAUCAACUCUCAAACUGCAUAGGAUCUCUCCCAUAAAAUCUAAGAAUUCUCCUGCUGCAUCAGACCGUCUAGUCUUUCAGAACAGUCAACAGAUGCUUCACAGAGAGAGCUAUCCCCAACCCUUGGUUGCUAGAAGUAAAUCACCACUGAGCAUUUAACUAUUUUGGUGAAUCAUUAAACUAUUUUGUUGAUAGACCUGUCCUUUAUGAAUGUGUCUGAUGCUUUUUAGAUACACCUAAGACACUGGUUCAGCUAGUGGGUCCUAGCCGGAUCCUAGGUGGGUUGCAACAGGAGCACUAUGAACAUCAAGAAAUUGGUCCCCAAAUGUAUUGUUUCGGUUAAAAGUGGGUUCUGGAUUUGAAAAGGUUGAAGAUACCUGGUCUAAGCUAUUCACAGUCACUGUAAUUUGUAGCAAGGCAUUUAGUAAAUUAACAGUGCGGUUCAUUAAUAAGCUUUCCCUGAACCUAUUGUACUUCCUGAGGAGACCUGAAAUAAUACAAUGUCUGCAUAUCCCACUUGAUCCCCACCCCCCAUUUCAUCACAACUAGGACUGCCACAGGGGAAGCAGCAUAUCUUCCUCCUGUAAUUUAAAAACCACUGCUCUGAUAACUUAGUUUGAAAACCCUACUUGCGGCAGCUUUUUGGUUAACUGAUUUUUUUUGUCCUUUAUAGUACAUGAAGAAACUUCACAUGCAAGAGAGGGCUGUGGAAGAAGUGAAACUUGCAAUUAAGCCCUUUUACCAGAAGAGGGAAAUCACUAAGGAGGAAUACAAAGAUAUUCUUCGGAAGGCGGUGCAAAAGGUAACGAGAGGGAAUAUCUUAUUUUAAACUUAGGCAAAUGGCUGUGAAAAGCCCCAUUUAAGUCACGCUCUGUAAACUGAAUAUUAGCUGCUGGCACAAGACUUUCCUGCUCUUUCAGGUAGUGUAUUUGAAGUCGAAAAAUGCAGGGUGCUUUAAUGCUAGGUUCACAGAAACUAACUCAAUCCCCUUUUACCAUUCCUAGAUCUGCCACAGCAAAAGUGGUGAAAUUAACCCAGUGAAGGUGGCUAAUCUUGUGAAGGCUUAUGUUGAGAAGUACAAACAUAUAAGGAAACACAAGAAGGCUGACCCUGAAGAAGAGCCCCUUGAAACAGGGAACUGA